AUGUUUUGUGACACUUACAACUUUUUUCAGGUUGACUGCACGUCAAGGUUUUUAAAACACUAAAUGACCGGCAGUCCUAUAUUCUCAAUAAAUUUGACAAAUCGACAAAAUCCAUCUAAUCUAAACUAUCAAAUGUCGAUCAACAAAACUCAAGCGAUCCUGAAACACUUUAUAUUAGCGUUUGGUUUACGCGGUGCUCGGUCGACUGCCGGUCAGGAUUGUUAAAACACUAAAUGACCGGCAGUCUACCCUGCUAGCAGAGUCGCUUCGAUGUUUCCUAGAUAAGUCGAGAUAGAGGAAAGUGGAAAGCGGAAAGAGGAAAGAGGAAGGAGGAAAGAGGAAAGAGGAAAGAGGAAAGAGGAAAGAGGAAAGCGGAAAGAGGAAAGAGGAAAGAGGAAAGAGGAAGGAGGAAGGAGGAAAGAGGAAAGAGGAAAGCGGAAAGAGGAAAGAGGAAAGAGGAAAGAGGAAGGAGGAAAGAGGAAAGAGGAAAGAGGAAAGAGGAAGGAGGAAAGAGGAAAGAGGAAAGAGGAAGGAGGAAAGAGGAAAGAGGAAAGAGGAAGGAGGAAAGAGGAAAGAGGAAAGAGGAAAGAGGAAGGAGGAAAGAGGAAAGAGGAAAGAGGAAAGAGGAAAGAGGAAAGAGGAAAGAGGAAGCUGAGAAAAGCUCCAACUGUCAUUAAACAUGGUUUCGUUUUCUGAGCCCAGCGUAAAUCAAACGCUAGACUUGAGAUCUGUAAAGCAUUUCAGGAUCGCUUAACUUUUCUUAAUCGACAUAUGAUAGUUUGGAUUGGUAGGGAUCCUUAGAUAAGACUCUUAGAUAAGUCGAUAAGUAGAUAAGUCGAAUUUAUUUAUUUCUUAGAUAAGUCGAAUUUAGUGAAAAUAUCAGACUGCCGGUCAUAUAGCCACAGGGUUUCAAAAUACUAAAUGACCGGCAGUCCUGUCUUUUCAGUAAAUUUCACAAAUCGAAAAAAUCUAGCUUAACCAAACGAUCAUAUGUCCAGUAAGAAAAGUCAAGCGAUCCUGAAAUGCUUUAUAGAUCUCAAGAAUAGCGUUUGGUUCACGCUGGGCUCAGAAGACAAAACUAUGGUUCGGGACACUUAGAACUUUUUUCAGCUCGACUACCGGUCAAAGGUUUUCAAACUGGCUCUAAAUGACCGGCAGUCCCAUAUUCUCCAUAAAUUUCACAAAUCGAAAUAAUCCAGCUAAACCAAACUAUCAUAUGUCGAUUAAGAAAAGUACAGCGAAAUGUACUGAAUAUAGGACUGACAGCCAUUUAGUUUUUUGAAAACCUUGAACGGCAGUCGAGCUGAAAAAAGUUCUAAGUGUCACAAAACAUGGUUUCGUCUUCUGAGCCCAGCGUAAACCAAACACUAGACUUGAGACUCUAUAAGGUAUUUCAGGGUCGCUUGACUUGUCUUAAUCGACAUAUGAUAGUUUAG